AUAUUUUGAAAAGUGGGAUUUCUCAUUCCGAAACCUCUUGGUAUUAUUUCUUUUCUUGUAGGGAAAAAUCUCUUGUUUAUUUCGUCAAUUAUUUAAAGAUAAGUUUACUUGUACGAAGAUCCAACAACAAAGAUAAAAAAAACAAACAAACUCUGAGAUUCCAAAAAAUUGACUCUUUCUCACAUUGACAACGAGAUGAAGAAGGUCAAAACUCAAAAGUUUGAUAUUUUUAACUAAAAAUUACUUAUACGACACACAAUAUUCUCUUUAGAUUCAUACAUUCCCAGUUUUCAUCUAAAAAGUCCAAUUAUAGUACACAAUCUACUUUCCAGGAGAAAAUUCUGGGAGCAAAUCAAUCCUUUUCGACGAGGUCGGAAUUUGGGAUCUUCCAAAAAUCUGGAUAUCCCCUUAUAAUUCUUAGCAUUGGAAAUUCAGAUUCUUCAGAAUUGGGGAAACCCAGAAAGAGUAUUGGAUAAGUAGAUGUGUUACUGUUCUUAUUUCAUUGUUUAAUGAAUAUCUGUUGUCGAUAAAAAAAAAAGGUAGCUCAAAAAAACUGAACCCUCGUUGUUUCCGCCAUUGUUAUAUUGAAUUGAGAUUGUUGGAAGAAAAUGGUGGGAAGUAGUGAAAUUGAUUAUAAUAAUAAUGUGUAUCCAAAUGGAAAUGGAUCUAUAAAUGGAGCACUAGAGGAGAAGUUGGAUGAGCUUCGAAAGCAUGUUGGGAAAGCAGAAGGUGAUCCUUUAAGAAUAGUUGGAGUAGGUGCAGGUGCUUGGGGAAGUGUAUUUAUUGCAUUGCUACAAGAUAGUUAUGGUCAUUUUAGAGAUAAGGUUUCAAUUAGGUUAUGGAGGAGAGCAGGAAGACAAGUUGAUCGAGCAACGGCUGAACAUCUAUUUGAAGUGAUUAAUUCGAGGGAAGAUGUGUUAAGAAGGUUAAUUAGGAGGUGUGCAUACUUGAAAUAUGUAGAAGCAAGGUUAGGUGAUCGUACAUUGAAUGCUGAUGAGAUUUUGAAAGAUGGGUUUUGUUUGAACAUGAUUGACACACCCUUGUGUCCUUUAAAGGUUGUAACUAAUUUGCAAGAGGCUGUGUGGGAUGCAGAUGUGGUGGUGAAUGGUUUGCCAUCUACUGAGACUCGAGAGGUUUUCGAGGAGAUUAGUCGGUUUUGGAAGGAAAGGAUUUCUCCACCAGUCAUUAUCUCUUUGGCAAAGGGUAUAGAGGCUGAAUUGGAGCCUGUGCCGCGGAUUGUCACUCCUACUCAGAUCAUUCACCGAGCUUCUGGAGUUCCCAUGGAAAACAUUUUAUAUCUUGGAGGACCAAAUAUUGCCUCAGAGAUUUACAACAAAGAGUAUGCUAAUGCCAGAAUUUGUGGAGCUGAGAAAUGGAGGAAGCCUUUGGCCAAGUUUCUCAGACAGCCACAUUUCAUAGUCUGGGAUAAUAGUGACCUUGUCACACAUGAAGUUAUGGGAGGUUUAAAGAAUGUGUAUGCUAUUGGAGCUGGAAUGGUAGCAGCUCUAACUAAUGAGAGCGCAACCAGCAAAUCUGUAUAUUUUGCGUACUGUACGUCAGAGAUGAUAUUCAUCACACAUCUUUUGGCAGAAGAACCAGAGAGACUUGCUGGUCCUUUGCUGGCAGAUACCUAUGUUACCUUGUUGAAAGGUCGAAAUGCAUGGUAUGGCCAAAUGUUGGCUAAGGGUGAACUGAGCCUUGAUAUGGGUGACAGCAUCAAGGGCAAGGGUAUGAUACAGGGUGUCUCUGCUGUGAAAGCAUUUUAUGAACUACUAGGUCAAUCCUCCAUCAGUGUGUUGCAUCCUGAAGAAAAGAAGCCGGUUGCUCCAGUUGAACUUUGUCCCAUCCUGAAGACACUCUAUAGCAUACUUAUAACUAGGGAUUUCCCAUCCCAGGCUAUACUUCAAACAUUGAGAGACGAGACAAUGAAUGAUCCCCGUGAACGUAUUGCAAUAGCACAGUCCCAUGCGUUUUACAUACCCUCGCUUCUUGGGCAGUAAGAGCGGUCUGCACUUAUGAUCAUUAUGACACGUAUCACGAAUGCGCAAAGAAUCACCUUGGAGAGUUUUGAUGUGAUAAAAUAAAAGUCUCGGGUUGAUUAAAUGUUGUAUACAUCACUUGUAGAUGGCGUUUGGAUUGGGAUUAGUGGAUUACGAAUACUCUUGCUAUGGGUUUAAGCAGUUGAGAAUUUAGUGUGAGGGGCGAUCGCCCUUUGAACUUUCGGUAGAUAAGUUGAAGUUUGAAGCUCUUGUAUGAUGUGCUAGUAUAGGUGUGGUCUUGUGGGGAUGUAUUUAUUGUUCUUAUAGAGUUGAUAUUUUCUAUACUGAUUCAUUUAUCUCUUUGUUGGUGACAUUUGUUGUUUAUGAAAUGUUUUGUAUGGGUUAUACACUCAAAAUACUCUAUUCGGCAAUAACUUUUGUAAAUAAACUUGCAUGAACCCGGUGCACUAAUUAGUAUGCACCCAAUAGAUAUUAGGUAGGUUGUAAUGAUUACAACUUUUACCAUUUUGUU